AUGUCAAGCCGCGUUUACCUAAGCCGACCGAUCGACGCCGACGUCCAAACUAAACCACCACUGCCUCGGAUAGGUGCGUUCAUUUCAGUUGCCCAGGGAAUGUUUAACAAAUGCAGGCUGUCCCUGCUGCGCACGGCGAAGUCCCCGGCCGCGACGCGCCUUUUGAAAUUUAACCUGCAGAAUCUGACAACUGCUACCUGCCAAACGGAACGGCUGCGAAGAAGUGGCCCGCUCCACAGCGUGCAGAGUGAGCUCUCGGCUUGUUUGGGCAUAGAACUGGCAAAUAUGAAAACAGAUGGCUAUUUUCUUACAGUUGGUGAACGUGGGCUCGUGCGCAUCUGGUGCUUGGAAAGUUCUCUUUGCAUAUUCGAGCAGCAGUCAUCCGAUGUAACCGUUAACUCAGAGAACGAGGAAUCCAGAAAGGGGUUUACAUCUGCUAUUAUGUUGCCAAAUGAUCUAGGAUUGUUACGUGCUACUGCUGAUCAGCAAUUUCUGUUCUAUUGCCCCGCUAGAACUGAUGAAGGGACCUUCCAACUGAACCUAUAUAGACGACUAGUAGGUUAUAAUGAUGAGAUUCUUGACUUGAAGUUUGUUGGGGAGGAGGAACAAUAUCUUGCUGUAGCUACUAACUUGGAGCAGGUCCGUGUUUACGAUGUUGCAUUGAUGUUAUGUUCUUAUGUGUUGGCUGGCCACACUGAAAUUGUUGUUUGCCUUGACACUUGUGCUUCUGCUUCUGGGAAGACGCUUGUUGUAACUGGGAGCAAAGACAAUACUGUGAGGUUAUGGGACACUGAAAGGAGAAGCUGUAUUGGUAUUGGUAAAGGCCAUCUGGGAGCUGUUGGUUCUGUUGCCUUCUCAAAGAAAUCAAAGAAUUUUUUUAUUAGUGGCAGCAGUGACCGAACCAUCAAGAUAUGGAGCUGGGAUGAUACGCUUGGUGACGCUGGUGACGAAGUUUCUCUUAAAGCAAAGGCUGUCGUAGCUGCACAUGAUAAAGAUAUUAAUUCUCUGGCUGUCUCACCUAAUGAUGGCCUUGUUUGCAGUGGUUCUGAAGACCGAACUGCUUGCAUUUGGAAACUCCCUAACCUAGUGUCCUCUGUUGUCCUUAAGGGGCACAAAAGGGGCAUCUGGUCAGUUGAGUUUUCUCCUAUUGAGCAAUGUGUCAUAACAUCAUCUGGUGACAGAACGAUCAAAAUAUGGGCCGUUGCUGAUGGCUCAUGCUUGAAGACAUUUGAGGGUCAUAUAUCAAGUGUUCUUCGAGCUUCUUUCCUUUCACAUGGAACUCAAUUUGUUUCAUGCGGAAGUGAUGGUCUAGUGAAGCUAUGGACAAUCAAAACAAAUGAAUGCAUUGCUACUUAUGAUAAGCAUGAUGGGAAGGUUUGGGCAUCGACUGUUGGCAAGAAAACUGAAAUGCUUGCUACUGGUGGAACUGAUUCUGUUCUUAACCUGUGGCAUGAUUGUACAAUGGAAGAUAAGCAGGGAGAUUUCCGUAAAAAGGAGGAGGAAGUAUUAAGAGGCCAGGAACUGGAAAAUGCAGUGUCGGAUUCUGAUUAUACAAGAGCAAUACAACUUGCACUUGAUCUUAGAAGACCACACAGGCUUCUAGAUUUAUUCUCACAUCUUUGCAGGAGAGCUGAUACGGAAGACCCAAUAGAAAAAACCGUUCUUGGUCUUCCAAGGGAUGUCCUUCGCCUGCUUCUUGAGUACAUCCGUGGAUGGAAUACAAAGCCCAAGUUUUGUCAUGUUGCACAGUUUGUGCUUUUUCGGGUAUUGAGGAGUUUUCCUCCCACCGAUAUUCUGGAGAUAAAGGGCAUCAGUGAGCUCCUUGAGGGCAUUAUUCCGUCUUCGCAGAGGCAUUUCAGCAGAGUUGAUAGACUAGUACGAAGCACAUUUUUGUUGGACUAUACAUUGACCCGGAUGUCCGUUGUGGAUCCAGAUAUAGAUGCCGUCACUACCAAAGAUGAUAUUAAUGAUUCAUCUGUGGAGAAUGAUGAAAUUGCAGAGGCGAGGUCUGCUUCACCAGAACUAGAGAAGUCGAGCAAGAAAAGAAAAUCUGGCAAAUCAAGCAAAAUGGGCAAGGAGAAGAAGGUGAAGAUUGCUUCGAGUGGACAGAAUAACGAUGUUUCUGUUGAGGCUUGA